AUGAGCUGCCCACGCCUGUUCAAGGCGCGGGCCACCCGCAUAGCCCUGCAUGCCAUCCUCCCCCGUACAAGUCGGACCUGCGCGGCCGCCAAUCGACGCCUCAUGAGCUCAGCCUCGGCGUCUGGCCUGCGUAGCCUGCUCAAGGUGUCGGAAGAGGUCGCCGACGCCGUAGCCGCCGACAAGCCCGUCGUGGCCCUCGAGUCGACCAUCUACACGCACGGCGCCAUGGGCAGGCACCUUGCCGCGGAGCACGAGCAGCUGGUCCGCAGCCACGGGGGCAUCCCUGCCAUCAUCGCCAUCGUUGACGGCGUGCCUACCGUGGGCGUCUCGUCGGAUGAUGUCGUACGCAUGAUUGACAGCCAGAGUGCUGCCAAGGUAUCGAGGCGGGACAUGUCGUAUCUCGUCGGCAUGGGUAUCGCAGGUCGUAAGCUGCACGGUGGGACGACCAUCUCGGGCACCAUGCUUCUGGCCCGACUGGCUGGCAUCCGCGUCUUCGGAACCGGUGGGCUUGGCGGCGUGCACCGUAAUGGCGAGAACACCAUGGACGUCUCCGCCGACUUGACGGAGCUGGGCCGCACGCGUGUCGCCGUCAUCAGCUCCGGCUGCAAGGGCUUCCUCGAUAUCCCGCGGACGCUCGAGUUCCUCGAGACCCAGGGGUGUCUGGUGUCGACAUUUGCCGACGGUCGCGCCGGGAAGGUUGACUUCCCCGGAUUCUGGGCCAGGAACAGCGGCAGCCCGAGCCCCAGCGUCGUCUACAACGAGAGGGAGGCGGCCGCCAUGAUCCUCAGCCAGGAGAGGCUGGGCAUCGAGUCGGGCAUGCUCUUCGCCAACCCCAUCCCCGAGGAAUAUGGAAUUCCGCUCCCGGAAAUCCAGAGCGCUAUAGAGCAGGCCGUCAGGGAGGCCGACGAGAACGGCGCCUCGGGCAAGGACAACACGCCCUACAUCCUCGGUCGCCUCAAGGAACUCACCGGCGACAAAGCUGUCGUCGCCAACAUGGCACUCGUCAGGCAAAAUCUCAUCAGGGCCACCAAUGUCUCUGUAGAGCUGUCUCGUCUACUGCAGCACGACGUAAACUCGUACAUCAGCAUCUCCCCCCCCACACCUUCUCCCCCACCAACAAUCGCCCCAGUCCAGGCCGGGACUGAGACGACCCAAGCCGUCAGCCACAGAACCACCGCCGACAUCAUGGUUGCCGGCUCGGUAGCCGUCGACCUGAGCUGUGACUACGCCAGCGCAGACAAGACACGCGUCUCUCCCCAGCCUAGCACGUCCAACCCUGCUACGAUCAGCCAGUCCAUCGGCGGAGUCGGCUACAAUGUUGCCCUGGCUGCCCAUCGGGCUAGCGGCUCCGGAAAGGUCAAGUUUUGCAGCCUGAUCGGCGAUGACGUAGCUGGGUCUACUGUACUCUCAGCAAUCGAGGCCGAGGGCCUCGACACGGCGUACGUCCGUCAGCUGGGUGCCGAACACGGCCCGGCCAACCGCACAGCCCAGUAUGUGGCCGUCAAUGACGGAGAGAAGAACCUCGUCAUGGCCAUGGCCGACAUGGACAUCUUCUCGCACCACUCUUUCCAGGACGACUGGCUCAAGGCCGUCGCCGAGGUGAAGCCCAAGUGGCUGGUGGUGGACGGCAACUGGGGACAGGAGGACAUCAAGGCGCUGGCGGCGGCCGGCAAAGGGCAGGGCAGCAAGGUGGCCUUUGAGCCCGUCUCGGCCGAGAAGUCGGCCCGGCUGUUUGGGCCUCUGGGGCGCGGCGAGGCAUCACCGGGCGUCUUCCCCAACGCCGCCGUCGAUCUCGCCUCGCCUAACACGCACGAGCUCGCGCAGAUGUACACGGCCGCCAGGGCUAACGGGUAUCUCGACACGCCCGAAUGGUUCGGCGUCAUCGACUCGUUUGGCAUGCGUGGCGCCCGCGAGCGCUUCGUCUACAUGACGACGGCCGAGCUGACCGACGCCGGCAUCCCCGUGCAGUCGAUCCAGCUGCUCCCCUACAUCCCCACCAUCAUCACCAAGCUCGGCUCCAACGGUGCUCUCCUCACCACACUGCUGGCCAAGGACGACGCACGCCUCUCCGCCGCCGACAGCCAGCAGUUCAUCCUGGCCAGGGCCGUCGACCACCCCACCAUCGGGGGAGUAUACAUGAGGCUGUACCCCGCCGUGGAGGAGGUGAAGGACGUCGUAUCCGUGAACGGAGCUGGGGAUACCUUUCUGGGUGUCAUGAUAUCCGGUCUGGCGCAGGGCGGCAGCGUGGAGAGGCUGGUGAAUGUCGCUCAGCAGGGUGCCGUCAUGUCGCUGCGGAGCGCGGAGUCGGUCAGUCCCGAGGUGGCCAGUCUCCAGGGACGGAUCACCAAGGCUAUUCUAAUGUCCGACGACGAAUCAGCAUCGGAGAGCGACUUCUCCGGUCUCGAUUACAGCAAUGAGCGGCAGGACGAGAAGGGCGCCGCCAAGGCGGGCCUGUCCUCAAAGGAUUCCGAAGAAGAAGAGCUGGAGCGCAUGGUGUUGGGCAACAGUACCGGGUUCCGCCAGAGCCUCUUCAAGGGCAACGACUGGCUGAUGGACGGAACCGAAGAAGUGGACGGACAGGUGGGCGACGACGCCGGCGAGCUGGAGGAUGUGCAGGACAAGGACCUGUUCAUCUUCGACGCGGGCACCGCCGGGGUCGGCGGCAAGAAGACGGAAGGAGGCAAGGCGACGACGACGGCCGGAGCAGGCGGGGAGGACCAGCCGGCGUGGGAGGACAGCGACGACGAGAGGCUGGCGAUAUCGCUGGCGGGGGCGACGCGGCUGCGCAAGCUGCGGGUGACCGAGGCCGAAGACGUGGUCAGCGGGACAGAGUACAGCAGGCGUCUGCGGCAGCAGUACGUGCGGCUGAACCCCAGCCCGGCAUGGGCCAAGGGCGGCAGCAGCGGCGGGGUGCGUUCCUCGAAGCGCAGACGCAAGUCGGGCGCGUUGUCGGAUGGCGACGACGACGACGACGACGACGACAAAAGGAACUCGUCAAGCGACAGCGACGACGGCAGCGACGUGGAGGCGCAGCCUCUGCAGGCGUUCCUGCGCGACGUCAACAAGCUCUCCGGCCGAGGGCAGGGGCAGCAGCAGAAGUACCGCCGUCUGCGACCGGAGAUCAUCGACAUCCAGCGGACGCGCGAGAUCCCGGACCGACACAGGGCGCCGGUGGACAGCCUGUCGUUCCACCCGAAGUACCCGGUGCUGCUGUCGUCGAGCCCGGCGUCGGUGCUGUACCUGCACCACAUCGCGCCCGAGGCUCACCCGACGGCCAACCCGCAGCUGACGUCGGUGCAGGUCAAGCACGUCGACGUGCGCCGGUCCGAGUUCCUGUACCCGGAGGGCGACAAGAUCUUCUUCGCCGGCCGCCGGCGGUACUUCCACCACUGGGACCUGCCGUCGGGCAGCGUGCAGAAGACGUCGCAGAUCCAGGGCCUGAGCACCAAGGCCGAGCACAAGUCGAUGGAGCGGUUCCGGCUCAGCCCUUGCGGCCGUCACAUGGCCAUCGCGGCCACGCCACGCAAGGGCGGCGGGUCCGUCAGCAUCCUCAGCACCGCGACCAUGCAGUGGGUCGCCUCGGCCCGCAUGGCCAGCCACAACGGCAUCGCCGACUUCCGCUGGUGGAGCACGGGCGACGGGCUCACCAUCCUCGGAAGGGACGGCCAGGUCGGCGAGUACAGCGUCGAGUCCCGCCGCUUCCUCGGCAUCUGGCUCGACGAGGGCUGCGUCGGCGCCAUCGCCCUCGGCCUGGGUGGCCACCAGGGCCCGUCCGCGCUCGGGGACGACCGCUGGGUGGCCGUCGGCUCCAGCUCGGGCAUCACCAACAUCUACGACCGCCAGGACGUCCUCCUCCCCCGCGGGCGAUCCGACGAGGACGGCGGCGGCGAUGGUCCCGUCGACGUCGCCGACGUCGCCAUCAGGGAGAGGCCCAAGCCCACCCGCACCUUUGAGCAGAUCGUCACCCCCAUCACCACCCUGUCCUUCUCGCCCGACGGCCAGCUCAUGGCCUUUGCCUCCCAGCACUCAAAGGACGCCCUGCGCCUGGUCCACCUGCCCUCCUGCACCGUCUACAGGAACUGGCCUACCGAGCAGACUCCUCUGGGCAGGGUGACGUCCGUGGCUUUCAGCCGGCAGAGCGACCUCCUCGCCGUCGGUAGUGAUUCCGGAAAGAUUCGCAUGUGGCAGAUACGCAGUUAG